GACGCAUCGGCGCCUGGACAUCCAAGCCCGUGAAGUUCAAGAGCUCCCUCAACGGCAGGAUCGUGCUGCCGCUGAUCAAGCUGCUACGUGGACCGCGGUGGAGGACAUCAGGCGGCAGCUGGCUAUGGCUGAGGCGCAGCUCCCAUUCGACGUGGACAAUUUGGCGACGUGGGGCCGCACGGUGGACCCUCACGUCUUCUCCGUGGGCACGGUUGCCCCUGCUGCUCCUGGUGCUGUUCGUGACGCACUCGCUCCUUGGCUGGCCGACGCGAAGCUGCUGCCCGAGCAGGUGGGUCUCAUCGGUGACGUCGUGGCAAGACGGUUCACCUUGCGCGUUUUGGGCGGCAAGACUGAGGCCAGUGCCCGCGCCGCCGCUCUGGUCAGGAACUUACGCACCUCUGCAGGAUGGCACGCGUUCCAGGUCUCCUCGACCGACGGCGCCCUUGUCGCCAUGUACGUCUCGACCGACAAGAGCCCCAAGAUGGUCCGCGGCGAGGACCAGGUGCUGGUCAACAGCGCGCCCUGCUGCCAGCUCGAGCCUCAAGGGCAGGACGAGCCGACUCGCAUCAGGUGGAGCAACAUUGCAACAGCGCAGUUCAACAUCGACACGGCGACGACCGAGGAGGCCUUCCACGCUGCCUUCUCGGCUUCCGAGGUUCAGUGGUCUGGGUAA